GUGGAGGUACACACCAGCAGAUGCCCUGAGGCAACCAACAGCCAACUGCCUAACCCCUGUGGCCCUGCUGGGCAAUAGUCUGAUACAGCAAGGAGAGAAAAUCCAGAGUUUGUGAGCAGCGCUGGAGAAAUCCAGGAGCAAAUGUGGGAAGAGGUGAUCAAGGAGGAUGAAAGCCAGUCGCUGCCAGGGCGGAGUAGGUGGGAGGCAGGAGAGGCAUGUGGAAGAGCAGUUGAGGGCUUUGUAGCUUUGACAAUACUUCUUUCAACUGUUCGUACCCCGAUACGAUGCUUCAGGAUGUGGAAACCUUUGCCAAACACACCAGCAACUUCUCACAGGCCAGUGAACUUGAGCCUCACAUAGACUUCCUUUGGAACUUGAUGGAGCCUCCGUAUACAUCUUAUGAGGAUUAUGAGAAUGGCCAACUAACGCCCCUCCAGAAUGUCCAUGUGUCCUAUCUCCAAGGAACCUAUUCCUACUGCUGCCCAGACAACAGCCAGGAUCUCAAUGAGACUUCUCCCUGCAUUACUCAAUGUCCCCUGAAUGAUGAGAUGUACACUACUGAGACGUUUAAUCCCUACCCACAAUCAUACCAGUUACCCUACAAUCUCCGGAGUCCAUCGCUUUCUGAGGGAGAUAACCCAACAGACAACCAUAAACUAGAAAUCUCAGAUGGUGAAUCAAGUGACUAUUCUCAUGGAUGCAUUGAGGUUGUUCGGAAAAAAGUUCGACUUUACAAAUUCCUCUUUGAGCUGCUGCAGAAAGGCGACAUGCGAGACUGCAUCUGGUGGCUGGACCGCGAAAGAGGGACCUUCCAGUUCUCAUCCAAACACAAAGAGGUACUUGCUCAUCGAUGGGGGCAACAAAAAGGAAACCGCAAGAAGAUGACCUACCAGAAGAUGGCCCGUGCUCUGCGCAACUACGGCAAGACUGGGGAGAUCAGGAAAGUCAAGAAGAAGCUGACAUAUCAGUUUGACAGCGUAUUGUUGGGAGAAAGGAACGCAGAGCCAACUAUGCAUGCGCUCUCCUAAGCCAGCCUUAGUCUCCCUGGACACUGCCAUCCGUUUUGGGCAUUUUUUGUUCUCAGCGAAGUUUUGUAAGCUUUAUACUGGCACGUAUAUUAGACUUUGACUUAAAACUUCAAUAUGUUCAUUAAAUAGUGGCUCCAAGAAGCCUAUCAAAUGACUAAAUGGCAAAGGAAUGUGACUUGCCACCAUGGACCUCCCUUAUCUGUGGAACUCGGCUUUUAUGUCACGUCAAGUGAUGGGAAACAAUGCAAUUCAGAACACAAUGUAAAGGGUCGUUGACUAGAAAGUAUUGCUUAAUGCAAAAAGAGAAGCAGAGUAAGGUGGAUUGUGGAGCAGGAUUUUUUUUUUUUGUUUUAAUUAUCCAAAAUGUUCUUUGUCAGCUAGCACUGCCAGUGCCUUAAAUUAGAGGUUCCAAACCUCCUCCUAAAAAUAGGACUCUAAGCAAAGAUGAACAUGUAAACAGAACAGAAUGAUCGAUUAAUUUCCAUAUGACAAUACCAUCAAGUGGAUUAUUCACACUCAAGGCAAGGACCCUUCAAAUCGAUUAAUAUGUGUGGAUAUCAGGUUAAACUAGACCUGUCUAUGUCUUCCAGGCUUCCUACAGUCUGUUUCGCCAUUUGAAAAUCUGUUCAGCAUCUUUCUUUCCCUGUCUUUCAUAAUGUAUAGAAUGGGAAUAAACCAGAAACAUGUUUUACCUUCAGAAAGACUGCAAUGACUUAAACACCUAGCAUUCCAGCAAUGGAGUUCUGCAGUGGAGAUGCCCAGCUUCAGUAAUAGACAUGAACCUUAGACAUAUGCAUCUUUCUACAAGGUUUUGAUCAAGGGAUCUAAACCCUAAUCCUCAAGUACCACCAACAGGUCAUGUUGUGUGGAUGUCUUUAUUAAUGCACAGGUAACAAUCUAUUGUGCUGAGACGGGAACUACUUCACCUGCUUCCAAAUGCAGAAAUCCACAAAACAUGAUCUGCUAGUGGUGCUUGAGAAUAGUGGUGGUGAACCUCUGGUUUAGAUAGCACAUGUAGAAGUUGAUUUUUAGAAUUGCCUUGGAAGUGGUGUAGGCAGCCAUUUUGUGGACAAAAACUCUAUGCGUUCUCUAGAAUCCAUGAGCAGGCCAGCCAUUUUGUGGCUUAACCCAAUAUUUAAGAGAAAACAGCCCAUGUUUCAUCUCUAAGUCACCCUAACAGUCCAGGUUUUAAGGAUAUCCAUACUUGAAUGGUUAAAUUGGCUGAGGUAUUAAGCCACAUGUGCUCAAGCAUGGAUAGCCUUAAAACCUGGACUGUAAGGGUGUUUUGAGGACCGAGAUUGGGAACCACUGCGCCAAGUAAUUGAUAGGUUGAAUUCUAUAUAUUUGUACUGCCAAGGUGUGCAGUUUACCGGUACGUUUUAAAGAGUUUUAUUGUGUUAAGUACACCUAUAGACGACCUUGAUCAUUCCUUAGCAGGUGCUCUCGACUGGGUGUAGCAUGUUAUGCCGGCAGCUGGGUGAGCACAAAUGAGUCCCUUGCGGGCUCGCUGCGCUCGCCACGCUGCGGGCACGGUGGCGCCCUACGUUAUUCUCCCUCCAGGAGGGUCGUGGACCCCCAAGAGGGAGAACCCUUGACGGUAUGCCGGGUGUCGGGAUCCCAACAGAUGGCAUACUGAAUACCACCCCUCUCGACUAGCAAAAAGUUUUCUCCAAACAUUUAAUUCUUGCUGCUUGCGUGAGAUCACUUUGCAACCCUGAAAAUCAGAUAGUAAAACAUGAUCAACUGUAAACUGAUAAUGAUUUAGUUUGCCCAAAUCAGAGGCGGUGUAUUGGUUGAGGUCAGGGAGCACUGUACUUAUGCAUUGCCAUACUGAGGUCUGUUUCCUCGUUAUUGUGGCCGAUUUAAUAGUACUGGUUUUAAUUCUCUUACAUCCCAGUAAAGCACAAGUUUCAUGUAUAUAUUUAUUUGUAUUUGUGAAAAGAUUGUUAAUAUAUAUAGCAAUGUAUAAAUCGGUGUAAAUCGUCACAGUUCCCCCCCCCCCCCCAUUUUCAAAAUAAAGUGAGUGAAUCAUUA